CAAUCAGCUGCUUGUGUUCCAGAUGAAGCCGAUCUGCUGCGGGCCUUUGCUGCUGCUCGUCCUCCUUCCCAGCUCCUGCAAAGGAGGAAACAUCUUGGUGCUGCCUAUCGAGGGCAGCCAUUGGAUAAACAUGGACAUUUUAAUAAAAGCUCUGCACUCCAAAGGACACAGUCUGACAGUUAUGCGCCCCAGCAACAGCUGGUACAUUAAAGAUAACGCAUCCUAUUACAGCACCUUCACAGUUCCGGUGGAGAGGAGCUUCUAUCAGACGUUCAUCACCAAAAUCAUAUUCGACAUCAUACAGUUUGAGCGGGGGGCCUUGCCUCUGACCAGCUUCCUCCACGCGUCGUUCGGCAUGUUCAGCACGGCUCUGGAGAUUCACAGGGCCGUGAGUGAAUUUGUCUCGGCCAUGCUGGAUGACGCAGACCUGGUCAGAACCCUGAAUAACACCAGGUUUGACCUGGUUCUCACUGACCCGUGUUGGGGUAGCGGAGCGGUCCUGGCUAAAUAUUUGAGCCUGCCUUUAGUUUUCAAUGUUCGCUGGAUAAUAUCUGAGGAAGGUCAUUUUGCCGUUGCUCCCUCGCCACUGUCAUAUGUUCCUAUCACAGGGUCUGGCCACACUGAUAAGAUGAGCUUUUUUCAGAGGGUUAAAAACAACCUCUUAUACUCUAUCGUCCGAAUGAACGACAUGUUGAUCACGAAGCAAGUGUACCAGCCACUUUGUGAGAAAUAUCUCGGACCUGAUUGUGACUUUGAUCUGAUAAAGACCGAUGCAGACGUCUGGCUGAUGAGGACCGACUUUGUGUUCGACUACCCGCGUCCCACAAUGCCCAAUGUUGUGUACAUGGGAGGGUUCCAGUGUAAACCUGCAGAACCCCUUCCUGACCAUAUGGAGGAGUUUGUGCAGAGUUCUGGAGAGAACGGAGUCAUUAUCAUGUCUUUGGGAACUUACGUGCCUCAACUUCCAGAUGACCUGGCAGAUGGGAUCGCCGCAGCUUUCGCCAAGUUGCCCCAGAAAGUCAUCUGGAGCUAUAGAGGAACCAAACCGUCCACUCUGGGUAACAACACUUUGGUGGUUGACUGGAUGCCACAGAAAGACCUUUUAGGGCAUCCUAAGAUAAAGCUGUUUGUGGCUCAUGGAGGAACAAACGGACUCCAGGAAGCCAUUUAUCAUGGGGUCCCGGUGGUUGGUCUACCCUUAUUUUUUGACCAAUACGACAAUCUGCUCCGUCUGCAAGUGAAAGGAGCAGCCAAAAUUCUUACCCUGAACACCGUGGACAAAGACGACAACCUGUUUAAAGCUAUCCAAGAGGUGUUGAACGAACCGUCCUACAGGCUGAACAUGCAGAGACUCUCCAGCCUGCACAGGGAUCAGCCGAUGAAGCCGAUCGACACCGCCCUCUUCUGGAUAGAGUACGUCAUGCGGCACAAAGGCGCCGCUCACCUGAAAGCCCAGUCCUACAGAAUGCCCUGGUACGUCUACCACUCUGUAGACGUGGCCCUCUUCCUGACAGGAGCAGUGCUGCUCAUGCUCCUGGCUGCAAUCAUGUUCAUCAAGCGUUUAUGGAAGUCUGUGUGUGGACGUAAAGUCAAAUCCGACUAAAGAUUCAGAAAAUGUACGCGGGGACAAACUGGAGAUAUGACAACCGGUGUAGAUUUGACGUGCAUUAUUUUAUGCUCGUACUGAAACCUGUUUGCAAAUGUGUUUUGUUCAUCAAUAUGGUGCUAGUUAAGGACAUGUACAUUUACUUGCUUAUUGUAAUCCAUAAUGUACUGCAAUGCUUCAGGAAGGUAAGGUACAAUAAAAUAGAUGUAGUAAGCUGUGGAUAAUAUUCUAAUUUGUUUUUCCUGUUCCUAUUGAAGCAAAGUAGGUCUUAGUUGCUGUGUUGGUCAUUUUAAAAAAAAGUUUCAUGACAUUUACCAAAAGUGUUUAGUACAAAAGAAAUGAUUGUACCGUGUACUGCAUGUUAAUUGAGUCCGUAAAUGCAGCUUUUCAGUGUUUCACAAAGCUGAUAUGUUCCUUCUGCAAAACACACACACACAUUAAAUUUGUGUUCAGUUGAAUUUGGUUGCUGUUUUUGUAAAUAGGCUUGUGUUGUAAAUAUGUCUUUAAUAAAUGUGUACCAGAUCA